UACCAAGAAAAAUCUCCACAUUAAUGAUAUUCUUUUUCGGGUAAUUAGAAUUUAAAAAAAUGAGUCAAGUAAAGCUACAUGGAGCAUUUUAUAGCCCUUUUAGUGGUAGAGUCCAAAUAGCUCUAAGAUUGAAAGGUGUUGAGUAUGAAUAUGUUGAAGAAGAUCUUGCUAACAAGAGUGAUUUGCUUAUUGAAUUAAACCCUGUUCAUAAGAAGAUACCGGUUCUGGUUCAUAACGGUAAACCGAUUUCUGAAUCGUUUGUUAUUGUCGAAUACAUUGAUGAAACUUGGAAGGAGAAUCCUAUCUUGCCUCAAGAUCCAUAUGAACGAGCCAUGGCGCGAUUUUGGGCUCAGUUCGUCGAUGAGAAGUGCAAUGCAGCAAUUUGGGGAAUCAUAUGGAGCAGAGGGGAGGAACGAGAGAAGGCUAUCGAAGAAGCAUGUCAACACCUCAAAACGCUAGAAAAUGAGCUCAAAGAUAAGAAAUUCUUCGGAGGAGAGACAAUCGGACUAGUCGAUAUUGCUGCAAAUUUUUUGGGGUUUUGGGUUGGAAUCGUACAAGAAGCUAUAGAUGUUGAAUUUUUAACAAAAGAAAAAUUCCCCAUUUUGUGCAAUUGGACUGAGGAAUUUUGUAACUGCGACGUAAUUAAAGAAACUCUUCCUCCCAAAGAUAAGCUUUUCGGCAUGUUCCAGUCUCGCUUCAAUGCCCCAUCUUGGAAGUAUUAGAACGGAAAUUAAUAUAUAGGUUAUGCAUAUGUCGUUUAUGAUACUUAUAUUUGCUGUGUUUUGUGUUGUAUGCAUCUAUAUUAUAAUAAAAUUGGGGAAUUUGUUAUUAA